AUGUCCCAGCCCGAUGUCGCACAGCUCUCCAUGGGCCCCCUGACCGGAGUGGCCUUUGGUCCCGACCGUACUCAGGUCUGCGUCUCGCCCAACAACAAUGAGGCUCACAUCUAUCGCAAGAAGGGGUUGGAGUGGGAGUUGGAGGCGACUCUUGCUGAGCACGACAAGCUCAUCACCGCCAUCUCGUGGGCCCCGCAGACGAACCGCAUCGUCACCUGCUCGCAGGACCGCAACGCGUACGUCUGGACACAGCAGCCCACCGGCGAGUGGAAGCCCGCCCUCGUGCUUCUCCGCAUCAACCGUGCUGCGACCUGCGUCAAGUGGUCGCCGAACGAGGACAAGUUUGCCGUCGGCUCUGGUGCGCGCGUCAUUGCCGUCUGCUCGUUUGACGAGGAGAACAACUGGUGGGUCUCGAAGCACAUCAAGAAGCCGCUGCGCUCGACGGUUCUCUCGAUCGACUGGCACCCGAACAACGUACUCCUCGCGGCCGGCACGACCGACGCCAAGGCGUACGUCUUCAGCGCCUUCAUCAAGGGCAUCGACAGCAAGCCAGAGGCGACGGUAUGGGGCGACCGCCUGCCGUUCGGGACCAUCUGCGGCGACUUCCGCGCGCCCAACGGCGGCUGGGUCGACGACGUCGCCUUCUCGCCCUCCGGCAACGCGCUCGCGUUCGUUUGCCACGACUCGAGCGUCAACGUUGUCUACCCAUCGGGUGCCGGCCAGCUCCAGGCCUUUGUGAGCGUGCGCACCCCGUCGCUGCCCUACCUCAGCCUGGGGUUCACCGCCGAGGACGCGAUCAUCGCUGGGGGCCACGACUGCCAGCCCACCAUGUUCACCGGCGACGCGAACGGCUGGGUCUUCAGCCACUCGCUCGACGACCCUGCCAACGCCGACUCGCGGGGGCUCACUCCUUCUCCGACUGGGCAGCGCUCCGCUUCGGGCCCCGGCCGCCUCAACAACGAGGCGUUCAACCUCUUCCGUCAGGCUGACUCGCGCGGCCAGUCCAAGCCUGCACUCCCCGGCGGCGGCGGCGCUGGCUUCAUCACCGGCACCACGCCCGUUGGCCUGGACAACCGCCUCGUCACUGUUCACCAGAACUCGAUCACGUUUGUCCAGCCGUACUCGUGGGCCCAGGACGGCUCGGUUGACAGGGUCACGACCGCUGGCGCUGACGGCCGCCUGGUCAUCUGGACCGUCACUGCCAAGGGCGGCCUCUCGAACCGCAUGGCCGCCAUGCACAUGUAG